AUGACUUGGCUCAGUGGCAAGGACGAAAAGACUUCAUUUGAUACAAGCAUUGAUUCCGACAGCGAGUCUGUCAGUAUCCACUCUACUCCCUCGUUCACACGAAAUGAUAUCCUGCUGUGCGCUACACAUGGCAAAAUUUAUGCAAUCCACAAGCAUACCGGUGCAAGGCUUUGGCGUGCGAGCUACCCUACAGGUGCAAUGGGUGGUGUAGUCUCAAUCUUCAUUACAGAUCAAGACCGUGUCAUCGUUGGAGCAAACGGAAAAACAGCCUGCAUGGACUUACUCACUGGUGCCGAAAAAUGGGUCAACAAAAUGAAGGGCUGUGGUUAUGAAGAAGUGGGCGUAAUCUGCACUCCCAGCCGCGUUUUGAAGCCACAACGAACAACAGAACGAUCACACGAGCCUUUGGAGAAUGCCCCACCCGAGUAUUGUGAGAGUAAUGGUCAUGGAGUAUUAACAGAACAGCCGGUAGCAAUCUCUUGCACUCGCGGCAAGUGUAUGGGAAUCGAUAUAGAAACUGGUGAAGAGCUGUGGAAAUUCAAUUGUCCCAACGGUGGUUUCAAAAUACCUUCUGCUCUUGUGGAUCCAGAAGGUGAAAGCACUACUGUAUUCGUCGGAUGCGGCAGACGAUUAUACUGUUUGGAUGCUGCAACGGGCGAACUAAAAUGGGAAGUCAAAGUAUCAAACAGCAAAGUGGGUCUCGGUUAUAUGACAAUGGCGACACCAUGGAGCUCAAGACUGGCGGCUGAAGCACAUACGGCAUUUAGCCAAUUUCCGAGCGCUCAGCAACGGAACGAAAUCCGCAACCGCGAGCGAGGCAGUGGAGGAGGUGGCGGUGGCGGUGGUGGCGGCUAA